GAUAGUUUAUUAUUGUUACUGUACGCAUUUGAUUACUCUUUGGGUAUAGUGAGCAUAGGCUGGGCACGCCAUUAAGGACGCCAACAAAGCGGCGUAGCUGUCACACCUAAACAACCAACAAUGGAAGAAGCAGCGUCAACAACGCUCACAAUUGUUAGGAUUAAGCGGAGGCGCGACGAUCCUGCGGCACCCGAAAUUAUUUUGGAAGCUGCUGGAUUUCGGCAGAGCAAGCAGCCGCGGUACGACGAGGUCUUGCUGCAGUUCCAGGGAAUGUCUUUCGCUGGCGCCGGCGCUGCUGAGCCACCUGUAGAGGUGCCGAGGAGGCGCUUCCGCCGUUUGCGGACUCUGGACGUUGCGCUUGUGGAGACGCUGUCGGAAGCCCAGCUGCUGCAACUGCUGCGCACCCAAUCCUCCGGCGCCGCCGCAGCCCCUUCUCCUCCCGCUGCCGCCGCCACCGUCGAGGCACAAGCAGCCGCAUGCACGGAGGCACCGCAACCACAACCACAGCCACCCACAGCUCCGGAGCCUGCAGAGUCUGCAGCGCAGCAACCCCCACAACAGGACACGCAGCCCGAUUCGACGGCGCCAGCGCGCUCACCGUCCCUGCCUCAACCCUGCGCGCGGCAACAGACGCAGCAAGGGCUACCAGGAACGGAUGCAGCACCCCUCGGCAGCGGAGGUGGAGGUGGCGGCGGUUUACCCUCCCGGCGAGCGGCGGGCGGUGUCGGGCGGGGUCUGCCCUCUCGUGACGUUGCCCGCAUGACAGCGCUGCGGGAGUCGCGCCGGCAGGCGGGGCAGGCGGCGCGGUACAAGCAGAUCCGUCGCAAGCGUGAGGGUGCUGCGGGUGAUGAGGCGGGGUCGGAGGGCGCUGGGCUGCUUCACAUGUACGAUCUGGAGCGCCUACCCCCGGCGGUUCGCAGGGAGAAGCAGCAGCAGGCACGGGCGCAGGUGCGGGCGCAGGAGGCGGCAGCAGCGGCAGCAGCAGCAGGGGCUGGACGGGAUUCUGCGGGUAGGGCUGGCCGCGCGCCGCCUGGCUCAGGCGUUGAGGAUCAGCAGCAGCAGGCGGCUGGUGGUGUAACGAAGGAGGAGGAGAGGCUGAUCCAGCAGCACUACGCGCCGCUGCUGGAGGAGGUGCUCAAGGAGUUGGGCGGCCAGCAGCAGCAGGGGCAGCAGCCCCCCGCCCCAACGCGCAGGAUACCCGCACGACCUAGACGGCCCGCGCACCCGCCACCCGCACCAGCUACACAGCCCACACCGCCUCAGCAGCCUCAGCAGCCUCAGCAGGGGCCUCAGCAGCCUCAGCAGGGGCCUCAGCAGCCUCAGCAGGGGCCUCAGCAGCCUCAGCAGCCUCAGCAGCCUCAGCAGCCUCAGCAGCCUCAGACCCCAGGCUCGCUCGGGCAGCAACCGGAGCAGCCGCAGCAGCAGCCGCAGUCACAGCCAGCUGGCCUUCACCCUCAGCCACCU